AUGGGAGACUGGUCCAUUCUUGGCCGCUUCCUAACGGAGGUGCAGAACCACUCCACGGUGAUCGGCAAGAUCUGGCUGACCAUGCUGCUUAUAUUCCGCAUCCUACUGGUGACCCUGGUAGGGGACGCGGUGUACAGCGAUGAGCAGUCUAAGUUCACCUGCAACACCCUGCAGCCUGGUUGCAACAACGUCUGCUAUGACACCUUCGCCCCUGUCUCACACCUGCGCUUCUGGGUCUUCCAGAUCGUACUUGUCUCCACACCGUCCAUCUUCUACAUUGUCUACGUGUUGCACAAGAUCGCCAAGGACGAGAAGUUAGAGAUUGAGAAGAUCCAGGUGGUCGCCAAGCACCCUCCUGCAUGUGAAAGGCUCAAACAUGUAGGGGUGGAGGGUGGGGAAGCCGUGGGGGCCAGCAGCCCCUCCUUCAACCCCCACUAUGAGGAGGAGUGGGGCGCCCGGGAAGGGGAGUGUGUGGAGCAAAGCCUACUGGAGGAGGACUUGAGGGAGGUGGGGGAGGACCCCACCGAGCUGUCCAGCCAGGUACUACUGACCUACAUCAUCCAUGUGGUGCUGCGCUCCAUCAUGGAGAUAGCCUUCCUGGUGGGCCAGUACUACUUGUUUGGCUUUGAAGUGCCUCACCUGUUCCGCUGUGAGACCUACCCCUGUCCCAACCGGACUGACUGCUUCGUGUCUCGUGCCACGGAGAAGACCAUCUUCCUCAACUUCAUGUUCAGCAUCAGCCUGGGAUGCUUCAUCAUGAACAUUGUGGAGCUGCACUACCUGGGCUGGGUCUAUAUUUUCCAUGUAUUGUGCUCGGCCUGCUCCACAUGUUGCGAGCCAGAGAGGGACCCUGUGGAACGCAUGGACCUGUAUCACAACCACAACCCUCUGCUGCUGCAGCUCAAACACUCCCUACGAGGCAGGGUGGUCCUGCAGACCCCCCCUCCCAUGUCCCAGGAGAAGAGCAGUGGCAUCUUGUCAACCCACACCCCUGCCAUCUCCUUUGAGACGGACUCCAUAGUAGAGUGCACCUCCAAGAGGAGCCCAGAUGAGAAAGAACGCACUAAGGCCAAACUGGUCAACAUGUCCAAAACAGGCAGAGGCAAGAAGUCCUGGCUGUGAACUAUCAAUCUGUCCUUUCCUUUAAAUAUUCUUCCCUUGCUUCCUCCUCUGAUUGCAUUUGUUCAUCUGACGAUUGAUUUCAGUUGUUUACAGUAAGACAGAGUACAAAAGCAACAGUCAUUUAAGUCUUUUGCAGUUAAUCUUGAGAAAUUCCCAUAGCACACAAAAGAGGAGAACCUAUAGUAUGCAAAACCAUACAGACUACAUGCUCACAUUUCUGUGUACAGGGCCGGACCCAAGCCUUUUGGGGGCCCUUAGCGAGAUUUAAUUAAAAUGUUUUGCC